CUGUGGGCAACAACAGACGUGAUGAUGGACACUUUAGGAGCUGUCGGUACUGGUGUAGACCUUUUGGAUAAGACCAUCGGCUUGUGCUUCACCAUCUAUGAGACGGUGAAGAAGGCCAAGUACAACAAGCAGCGCUGCCAGGAGCUGGUCAAGCGGGUGCGUCUCUUGGAGGAAAUGGUGAUGAGCCUCAAACGUCGGCCUCAAAGCAUCAGCGCCAACGUCAGAUCCAGUCUGCUGGAGCUCAUCGGGAGUCUGACGAAGGCCAUGGAGUUGGUGAAAAAAGUCUCCAACGCCAAGCCCGCCGUCGGGUUCUUCAACGCCGGCGACCACGAAUCCAAGUUCAAAGAGCUCACCCAGAAACUCAGCGAGGACGUACAGCUGCUGUCCAUGGCGCUACAGAUCCAUGAUGGCAACGUCCUGGAUAGCGUCUACUGCCAGGUGGCUCCCUCCGGUGAGCCCUGCAAGUCCGACUUGGAACCGAACACGCAUGCCUGGACUGACCAAAGCCUAAAAUCUUCCGUUCCGACUUCACCCGCCACCAUGGUGCCCACAUCCACCGUCACCAUGGUGCCCACAUCCACCGUCACCAUGGUGCCCGCAUCCACCGCCACCAUGGUGCCCACAUCCACCGUCACCAUGGUGCCCAGGUCACCCUUCACUAUGUUCCCCAGGUCACCCUUCACUAUGGUGCACAGGUCACCCUUCACCAUGGUCCCCACGUCGCCCGUCCCCAUGGUGCCCAGGUCACCCUUCACCAUGGUCCCCACGUCGCCCGUCACCAUGAUGCCCAGAUCACCCCUCACCAUGGUCCCCACGUCGCCCGUCACCAUGAUGCCCAGAUCACCCCUCACCAUGGUCCCCAGGUCACCCCUCACCAUGGUCCCCACUUCGCCCGUCGCCAUGGUGCCCAGGUCACCCCUCAGCGUGGUACCCAUGCCACGAUUCGCCGCGGUGAACCGUGCACCCCUGGUGGUCUUCAAACCUCAGACCGUGGCCACCCGUCAGUCUGUCGCCUCGUACUCUGUCACGAUCUCGCAACUUGACAACUUUGUGCCCGACGUGACGCAGCCGCAGAAAAACAAAGGGAAAAACAAAAAGUACAACAAGAGCCGUUCGGUUGAUUUCUAGAAGCAAACCAUGUCGUGCGGACCUGCUGAGGUGAAAGGUCAGUGAGGUGAAAGGUCAGGGAUGAUGGCGCCGCAUUGGGUUUUCUUCGUCACUUUCUACAACAGGAUGUUCUGUACUCGGAUUCGACGUCUACUUAGUUUUUACUUGUUCCACCAAUUAAUUGUCAGGUUUAAUCUAAUUAUUAGCACUAUUAAUGUGGAUGCUCGCUAACUUCCUGGUUGGCUGGUUUUGUCUCUGUUCUGCGUUCCCACAUUCUCACAUUCCAUAAACUCGACAUCAACACGGA